UUUCCCUCUGUCCUUUUCACAUUUAAAGCAGAGCCACAUCAUUCUCAUUUAGAUGCUCAAAACCAAGCCAACAAAAUAAAGAACGCAGGAUGGACCAAAGGCACUUGUCACAGGUGGAAGUUAAUGAACUGAUCCAUCAGUCCCACGAGGCCAAAAAGUUUUCUUACUCUCCCUACAGCAAAUUUAGAGUGGGAGCUGCACUCAAGACUCGAGACGGCCGUGUCUUUACAGGUUGCAAUGUGGAGAAUGCAUGUUACAACCUGGGAGUGUGUGCUGAAAGAAAUGUCAUUGCAAAGGCCGUGUCAGAAGGUUACAAAGACUUCAUUGCCAUUGCCAUCGCCAGUGAUAUGGAGAAAGAGUUCAUCUCCCCAUGUGGAGCCUGCAGACAAGUCAUGAGAGAGUUUGGGUGUAAAUGGGAGGUUUAUCUUACAAAGAUCGAUAAGUCGUACGAGAAGAUGACUGUGGACGAGCUACUGCCCCGCUCUUUUGGCCCCGAUGACCUGUGCAAGAAGAAGGUGUCCAACAUUCCCAGCAAUCACUGAGUUUGGAUAAUAUGACAAGUUAAUUUACAGAAACAAAAUGAGAUGCACUCUGUUUUAGCAUAUACACAGUCUUCUCCACAUUUAUUGUCAUCUUUGAAGUAUAAUUUAAAAAAAGAGAAACAAAUCUAUAGAACAGAAGCAUAUCUAGUUGCAAUAGCAUAAUCUCAAACUGAAAAAUGUGUGUUGGUCUUUACCUCCCUUAUGUUUAAAGGUGAGUUGUUAUUUUUUGGAGCCAUUAGAACCCUGACUUAUGGAGCUUAACAUAAAUUUGCCUAAUUUGAAUAGCAUGUUCUCAUGUUUUUUCAUGUUGGGAAUCUAAGAUACAACAUACUACUUUAAAUAAUUAAAUGUCUAAUGAAAAUAAAAUAUUAGUUGAGUUUCUCUAAAAGUUUCAGUGAAGCUACUGUACUGCAAUAAAAGAAAUUCACUUAAAAGUGUUUUUGUUGUUGUUUUGCACACACCUUUAACAGUAAACACCACAUGUUUAGCAGCAGUUAUAUGUAUGAUUAAUACCCAUUUUUGUGUUUUCUGCUAACAAACAAUAGUUAAAUGUUCUAUAUCCACAUUAUAAAAAUAUGAACAGAGAUUUGUUUUCAGUUUUGCGCCACUGACUCAAAAACAACUGAUGCCCUGUUAAUGUAGAUAAAAAUAUUUAUUAGUUCCAAGAAGCAAAAACAGAAAUUGAUGCACACAUUUUAAUAAAUAAACAUUUUCUGAAAAUGAGUAAUCUUUCAUUUUCUAUAGUUAGACCAGAAAAGAAUAUUUAGGCUUCAGUGUACAGCAAAUAUUAUUUCUUGAGCAGCAAAGGAUUAUUAAUAGUUAAGGAAUCAAUUAUCAGGAAAAGUGAAACAUUUAAGAAGUGUAAAUAAAAAAAUUAUCCAGCAGCGUUUUUUGAGUCUACCUACUUGAAGCUUACACAUUUGAGGUUAAAGGUUAAGAUUUAAAGAAAGA